GAGAGAAAGCGCACGCGGGCUUCGUCAUGGGGGAAACCAUGGAAGCGCCGCAGGGCAAAACCAUGAGGCUCCUCCUCCUCGCGCUCAACUGCGCCAUGCUCUCCCUCGGCACUUGCGGCUGCCCCCUCCUCUUGCGCCUCUACUUCCUCCGCGGCGGCGCUCGCGUCUGGCUCUCCAGCUGGCUCAUGACGGGCGGCUGGCCCAUCAUCUUCGCCCCCCUCGCCGCGGCCUACUUCCGCCGCCGCGCCGCCGAGGGCCCCUCCGCCCGCCUCGUCCUCAUGGACCCCUUCCUCUUCGUCGCCUCGGCCGUCAUCGGGGUCCUCACGGGCCUCGACGACUACCUCUACGCGUACGGCAUGGCGCGGCUCCCCGUCUCGACGUCAGCCCUGCUCAUAGCGACGCAACUGGGCUUCACGGCCUUGUUCGCAUUCCUGCUGGUGAGGCAGCUGUUCACGUCGUACUCGAUCAACUCGGUAUUCCUGUUGACGAUGGGGGCCGGGGUGCUGGCGAUGCACUCGAGCAGCGACCGGCCAAAGGGGGAGUCGAACAGGGAGUACUACACAGGGUUCUUCAUGACGCUCGGGGCGGCGGCGCUGUACGGGUUCAUAUUGCCGCUGGUGGAGCUGAUGUACAAGAAGGCCAAGCAGGCGAUCACGUACUCGCUGGUGUUGGAGAUUCAGUUGGUGAUGUGCUUCUUCGCCACCGUUUUCUGCACCAUCGGCAUGCUGGUCAACAAGGACUUCCAGGCGAUUCCUAGAGAAGCCAGGAACUACGAGCUCGGAGAAGCCCGGUACUACGUGGUGCUCGCAUGGAACGCGAUCGUCGGGCAGUUCUUUUUCUUGGGAGCCAUAGGAGUCAUCUUCUAUUCCUCCUCCCUGUUCUCGGGGAUCGUCAUCGCCGUUCUCCUCCCGAUCACGGAGAUCCUAGGGGUCAUAUUCUUCCAGGAGAAGUUCCAGGUGGAGAAGGCAGUGUCCCUGAUCCUCUCUCUCUGGGGCUUUGCCUCGUACUUCUACGGCGAAUUCAAAGUUGCCAAGAAGGACAAGCGGCAACCGCAGCAGCUGCAGCAGCAAGAGGCCGAAGGGCAUCAACAGGGCCUUCCUUGAAGGUGAGCAAGUGAAAGACAUGGCAUAUACUUAGCCUAAGUAACAAGAGGGCCUUCUACAUUAUUCGCGAGGCGAUUGCUGUCAGCCUGCAAUUGCAUACUGUCCCACAGCGCUGCUACUCGUGAACUGCAUCGUAGUAGAAUUUAUCUAGCCUUUCUUUACCGUCUUCCGAGGUAGAUGUGUAACAACGUGAGGGAAAAGAAUUGAAUCGUAGUUGGAAAAAAGAGCGAGUCAAAGUUGGAAAAAUAAGACAGAAUUGUAAAUUGGAGUUGAAGAUU